CCCAUCUCUCCUUCUCUUCCGUGCGCCAUCCCUCGCAGCGUCCAGCCAUGUCUCCGCCCCACCAGUUCCAGUCCAAGCCCUCCGAUGUCAUCCGCCGCAGGCUCUCGAGCGUCGUCUCGGCCAACAGGCCGAACAUCCAGGCAUAUUCCAGCCUCACGCCGAUGUGGGCUGGUAUAGCCGGCACCGUGGUCAACAACAACAGCAGCUUUGAGAUCGCGAUCUCCAUCCACGACUCCGUCUACAACACCGACUUCGCCUCUUCGACCAUCCCGUACGAUCCCAAGGACCCGGAGGAGCAAGCGAGCAACAUCGAGAAGCAUGUCCUCGACGUUCUCCGCAAGUUCUCCACCGAGCACAUGUGCAAGUUCCUCGGUGCUGGUGUCACCGUCGCCCUGCUUCGAGAGGCACCGAACCUCUGCACGCGUCUUUGGCUAGAGACGGACAUCGUUCCUAUCGUCUUCAACAUCAAGCCCUACCACACAGACUCAAUUACUCGGCCCAACAUCAAGCACCGCAUCUCCUCGACGACCGGCUCCUAUGUCCCGUCCGGCGCGGAGACCCCCACGGUCUACUACGACCCGAAGCAGCUUCCGGGGAGUCAAACCAACCUCUCCGCUGGCGCGCAGAACAAGCUCCCGAUCCCGCGUACGGUGGAUGAGCAGGCGGACUCUGCGGCCCGCAAGUGCAUCAUGUACUUCGGUCCCGGCAACAACCCGCGUCUGUCUAUCGGCCCCCGCAACCAGGUCGCGGUCGAUGCUGGCGGCAAAAUCCACCUCAUCGACGAUAUCGACGUCUACCGCCAGUCGGUCGGCAAGGGGACGUGGAACUCUGUCAUCAAGCUCGCCGACGAGCUCCGCGAGAAGAAGAUCAAGAUGGGCUUCUUUUCCUCCACUCCUCAAGGAGGAGGAGUUGCAUUAAUGCGCCACGCGCUCAUCCGCUUCUUCAGCCUCCUCGAUGUCGACUGCGCAUGGUAUGUUCCCAACCCUUCGCCGAGCGUCUUCCGGACGACGAAGAACAACCACAACAUUCUCCAAGGCGUCGCAGAUCCUAGCCUCCGCUUGACGAAGGAGGCCAAGGACAACUUCGAUUCCUGGAUCCUCAAGAACGGUCUCCGAUGGACCGGCGAGGGUGGGCCCUUGGCUCCGGGUGGCGUCGACAUUGCUUUCAUCGAUGACCCGCAAAUGCCUGGACUUAUCCCGCUAAUCAAGCGCGUUCGCCCUGACCUGCCGAUCAUCUACCGCUCACACAUCGAGAUCCGAAGUGACCUCGUCCAUGUCGCCGGCUCGCCGCAAGAGGAGGUCUGGAAGUACCUCUGGAACAACAUCCAACACGCAGACCUGUUCAUCUCUCACCCGGUGAACAAGUUCGUGCCCAGCGACGUUCCGCCAGAGAAGCUCGCGCUCCUCGGAGCUGCAACCGACUGGCUCGAUGGCCUCAACAAGCACCUCGAAGACUGGGACUCGCAGUUUUACAUGGGCGAGUUCCGCUCGCUCUGCGUCAAGGAGAAGAUGACCGAGCUUGGCUGGCCCCUGCGCGACUACAUCGUCCAGAUCGCCCGUUUCGACCCGUCGAAGGGUAUCCCGAACGUCAUCGACUCAUACGCCCGCUUCCGCAAGCUCCUGAGCGAGAAGCAGCCCGACAUCGAGCCGCCGCAGAUGCUCAUCUGCGGUCACGGCGCAGUCGACGACCCCGACGCGAGCAUCAUCUACGACCAGACGAUGCAGCUCAUUCAUGGCAAGUACGCGGAGUACGCGAAGGACUUCGUCGUCAUGCGUUGCCCUCCGAGCGACCAGCUCCUGAACGCCCUUAUGGAGAACUCGAAGUUCGCCCUCCAGCUCUCGACCCGUGAGGGCUUCGAGGUCAAGGUCUCCGAGGCGCUCCACGCCGGCAAGCCGGUCAUCGCCUCCCGUACCGGCGGCAUCCCGCUGCAGAUCGUGCACGGCAAGAGCGGCUACCUGUGCGACCCGGGCGACAACGCGGCGGUCGCGCAGCACAUCUUCGACCUGUACACGAACGACGAGCUGUACGACGAGAUGUCCGAGUACGCGCGCACGCACGUCUCGGACGAGGUCGGCACGGUAGGCAACGCGGCGGCGUGGAUGUACCUCGCGGUGAUGUACGUGUCGCGCGGGGUGAAGCUCCAGCCGAAGGGCGCGUGGAUCAAUGAUCUGAUGCGCACGGAGUGCGGCGAGCCGUAUCAGCCUGACGAGCCGAGGCUCCCAAGGGCGAACUUGAACGUCCAGGGUUGAGCGUCGUCGUCUUCGUCGCCGAGUGGUGCUUUGGCGAUCCUUCCCAGUGACUGCCGCUUGCGAGUGUCAAAAGCAUACUAUUGUGGACGUUCUGGAUUGUAGGAUUGAUCUGGCUGAGUUGCUCCUGGCUGUGCUGUUGUUGUACGAAGAGUUUUGUGUCAGCUGUGCCGGUUUCGUGCUUGCGCUCGAUGUGUAUCACCCACCUGUACCGACCGUAGGUCGCCGUUACGUUGUAGAAAACUUGUAGAGUUAGAGAAUGAACAAAUCAAUCGAAUUGUCCACCGCUGAGCAAGCAUGCUUCAUCAGGUCCGGUGGCA